GAAGAAGAGGAUGAUCCAUUGGGUGUCAAGAAACUUGCUUUGAGUUUUGAUUAUCUGCUUUACAAGAUAAGUGAAAAGAUGGAAGUAUUGGCUCAACAGACGGAAUCUAGUGUUAUUAGUAGGAAAGACGAAGCUGAAAGGGAGCUUCUUGAUGUUGAAACAUCGGCAAACAAUUUGAAAGAUUUAAUACAAAAGUGUGAUAACCUUGACAAUGACUUUACAAUGCUGGAACAAAUAAGCAUUAUUGUUUCGGAUUUCAAGCAGAGAAUCAAAAACCUUGAGCUUCAGAUAAAGAAU